AUGUGGCAGUUCAUAAGGUCAAGUAUGCUUACGGUGAUAAUCUUCAUAGGGGCUGCUCAUGGAAUACUGGUUGUGGGCCCCAAAUUCAUUCGGGCCAACCAGGAUUACACGGUUGUGAUCAGUAACUUUAAGUUGAACAUAAGCGAAGUAGGCCUGAUGCUGCGCAUGGACGGUCAUACCAUUAACGGAAGUAGUGUGCUGAACUCAACAAAGUCGGUUGAUGUGAGGCGGAAUAUGAACAAAGUGAUCACCUUCAAAAUGCCUGCGGACUUAUCAGCUGGAAAUUACAAACUUACCAUCAACGGGCAGCGUGGCUUUGGCUUUCAUAAGGAAGUUGCAUUGGUAUACCUCGGUAAAUCCAUAUCGGGUUUAAUACAGAUCGAUAAGCCUGUGUACAAACCGGGCGAUACGGUAAAUUUUCGUGUGAUAGUGCUAGACACUGAGUUGAAGCCUCCUGCACGGGUAAAGUCAGUUCAUGUGACAUUGCGUGAUCCUCAAAACAAGGUGAUCCGCGAGUGGACUUCGGGCAAGCUGAACGCCGGAGUGUUCGAGAAUGAUCUACAACUUGCGCCAUCAGCAAUGUUUGGAAUGUGGAAAAUCUCGGUACAGGUGGACGGAGAAGAGCUCGCAUCGAGAACGUUCGAGGUGAAAGAGUAUGUGUUGUCCUCGUUUGAUAUAGAGGUGAUACCGUCCGGCACUCCGUUGAUGGAGCACCGGGGGUUGAAUCUGACAAUUGCAGCCAACUAUCAUUUUCGCAAACCAGUGAAGGGAUUAGCCAAGGUGGAGCUGUAUUUGGAGGAUGAUAUGCUGGACCAGCAGAAGGAGGUCGAAGUGUACGGCAUGAGGCAGGUGGAGUUGAGAUUCGUUGGACACUUUGAUGAACAAGAACAUCAAAAAGAUGUGUUUGUAAAGACGACCUUCAUCGAACAGCAUACAAAUCGUUCCGUGGUGAAAGGAUCUCAUAUUACUAUGUACAAGUACAAAUAUCGCGUGGAUUUGAUAAAAGAUAUUCCUUACUUCCAUCCGGGACAUCCCUUUAAAUGUGCGCUUCAUUUCCGAUACCACGAUGGAACACCUGCCAAAGGUAUCACCGGUAAAGUGAUCAUACUCGAUAUCGAAUAUGAGAAAACUGUCACUAGUGACGAUAACGGUUUGAUCAAACUGGAGCUAAGCCCAGGGAACAACGUACAAGAGAUGGUUAUUACCCUUGAAAACGAUGACGGUUUCUACUUUGACGAAACAGUUCAAAAUACAGGUGUGGUGUCAAAUGCGUACAUCAAACUGGAAUUGAAAUCAACUCUUCAUUUGAAUCGUUUGGUGCAAGUCCAGGUAUCGUGCAAUGAACCAAUGACGUUUUUCGUGUACUACGUAAUGAAGAAGGGCAACAUUAUCGAUUCCGGUUUCAUUACAACGAACGAACAAAGCAAAUAUCCCCUUCGGUUCAUUGCUUCGGAAAAGAUGAUUCCGCAGGUCAAAAUAAUAGUAUCGACUGUCAAGAACGACAGGAUGAUGUUUGACUUUCUGGACCUCGAUUUCGAAGAGCCCCGUCACAAAAUCCGUUUAAACCUCAACAAACAGGAAGUAAAACCGGGACAACAAAUAGAGCUCAGCUUAUCCGGACAACGAGGAUCAUACGUGGGAUUAGUUGCAUACAACAAAGGUUUGAUGUACGACAACAAGAACAAAGAUUUGUUCUGGGAGGACAUCAUGCGAGUGUAUAAAGGAAUUGGUCCGAGCGUAGAGAAUGAGUUUGACAAGUUUCAUAGUAUGGGACUGUUUGUUAAGACAUUGGAUGAUAUCGAGUUUAAUGAAGCUCACGAUAUGUCAGCACGGGAUGGACAUCAGAUCGUGAGCAAUGCGAUCUCCAAAACAGUCUCGUACCGGACACAUUUUCCAGAAUCGUGGCUAUGGCAAAAUGUGACAUUAGGAAAGUAUGGUACGCAUAAGAUGAUCGAGACCGUCCCAGAUAUGAUGACGUCUUGGUACUUGACGGGAUUCUCGAUUCAUCCGGAGUAUGGUUUGGGCAUCAUUAAGGAACCCGUCCAGUUAACAACGGCUCAAUCGUUCUACAUCGUGGAAAAUCUACCGUACUCUAUCAAACGAGAAGAAGCGGUCGUUUUACAGUUUACUCUGUUCCACAAUCUUGGAGGAGAGUACAUCGCGGACGUGACACUGUACAAUGUUGCCAAUCAGACGGAAUUCAUAGGACGACCUGUGGAAGACCUAAGCUACACCAAAUCCGUGAGCGUUCCUCCGAAGGUUGGUGUACCGGUCUCAUUUCUGGUAAAGGCACGAAAGCUCGGCGAGAUGACGGUACGAAUUGAGGCAACGAUUAACACCAACCAAGAAUCGGACGCACUGGAGAAGGUGAUCCGAGUUAUGCCAGAAAGUUUGGUACAGCCAAAGAUAAAAACUCGUUUCUUCUGCUUUGAUACAUACAUCAAUCGAACCUUCUUGAUGCAUUUGGACUUUAACUCGCAGGCAGACAAUGGUUCUAGAAAAAUCGAGUUCCGUCUCAAUCCCGAUCUGCCUACCAAUGUAGUUGAUAACUUGGAUAAUCUGCUUGCACCUUCGUCUGGCAAUGGAGAGCUAAAUAUGGUAAAGUUUGUACCGAACAUCGUUGUGCGUGAUUACUUGCAUGCUAUUGGCUCGAAGGAUCAGAGUCUGCUCCAUAAAGCUACCAAUCUGCUGCGCCAAGGCUAUCACAAUCAGAUGCGUUAUCAUCAGACAGAUGGUUCGUUUGGUGCGUAUCAAAAUGCUACUGGUAGCGUGUUUCUUACCGCCUUCGUUGCAAAGACAAUGCAAAUGGUGUCGAAGUACAUCGAUGUGGAUACGGUUAUGGUCGAGAAGGCGUACGAUUGGCUUGCUUCCAAACAACACAGCUCGGGAAGGUUCAAUGAGGUCGGUUCCGUCAUUCACAAAGGUAUGCUAAGUGGUUUGCGCAACGGCAUUUCACUGACAUCUUACGUACUGAUAGCGCUCCUAGAAAAUGAGAACGCCAAAGUGAAGCACGCGGUUGUGAUUCAAAAUUCAAUAAACUAUUUAAGUGGCCACGUGGAAAACAUAGAACAUCCCUACGAUCUGUCCAUAGUGACAUAUGCGUUGAUGUUGAAUGGGCACAGCAUGAAGAAAAUGGCACUUGAAAAGCUUGUGGGAAUGGCAACUCCCUUGAAAAAGGACGGGAAACUGUACUUGGACACGGCAAAUAGCAUCGAGACUACCGCUUAUGCUUUGCUGUCCAUUGUUUUAGCAGAAAAGUAUGUGGACGGUAUACCGGUGAUGCGCUGGUUGGUGAACCAACGCUACGUUACCGGAAGCUUCCCGCGCACUCAAGACACCUUCGUGGGACUGAAGGCACUGACAAAGUUGGCGGAAAAAGUCUCUCCCUUGCGAAACGAUUACGCCAUACAGCUGAAGGGUAUGAAGCCUUUAAUUUAUGGCUUCAAACAAAUAACAAUAACGGAAAAUCUCCACAUAAAACCUGAAGAUAUCUACGUUCAGAACAAUAGAGACAUACCGGAAGACACUGAAUGGCUGGAGAUCAACAUUGCCGGUAUCGGUUUCGGAAUGCUGCAAGUGAUUUAUGAGUACAGUUUAAAUCUAAAUAAUUUUGAUAAACGACUGAAGCUGGAUAUAGAGAAACAGUACACGAGGUCCAACUACGAGCUACAGUUGGAAGUGUGUGCUAAGUUCGAUCGGUUUUGGUCCAAUGGAAGUUUGCACAAGGUUAUGAUCGAGGUGACCUUCCCCAGCGGGUACGAAGUCGACCAGAAUCCGGUGAAAGAACUGACUAACAUAAAUCCCAUACAUCACAUAGAGGUUAGGUAUGGCGGCACAUCCGUUGUCGUGUAUUACUACAACAUGAGCAUCGAACGGAACUGCUUCACCGUGACGGCUUACAGGCGGGGCAAGGUGGCUAUGAAACGUCCAGCAUACGUAGUCGCUUACGAUUAUUACGACAGAAAUUACAAUGCCAUUGAAAUGUACGAAGUGGAUGAGCAACCUGAUGAAGAACAAUUGUAUGUUUAA